AUGGAGUUCAGCGGAGAACGAUAUUAUAAAAUCAACAAGAUUCUUCUCAACGGCCUCGGACUGUGGCCACAUCGGGAGGGGAAACGUGCGCGAAUUAAGCCGAUACUCAUUGACGCGACACUCUUCUACGCUAUAUUCGCUCAGCUGUGCCCGUUGAUCAGUACGGAAUACGAUGUAAACCUGCUUCUUAAGGUCCUCUCGAAUAUCCUGCCUGCUCUCAUCUUCACCAUAAAUUACAAUGCUUAUUACAUUCUAGCCACGAAGAUCCAGUUAUUGAUGGAGCUAGUGCGAAAAGAUUGGAACGCGUUGGACGACAAGAGAGAGAUCGAGAUAAAGGACAAACACGCUCGCAUAAUGCACACUUGCACGAUCGCUUUUAUAUUGGCCGUCUGUAUCGGCAAUCCACCCUUCGACUUUAUGGAAGCCUCGCCCCUUAUACUCGAUUGGCUCGUACCGCUUAACGAGUCUCGACCGCGUCAUUUAUACAUGUUAACUGAAUAUUUCGUCGAUCCUGAAAGGUAUUUCCCUCUCAUACUGAUACACGAGAUUAUAACCGUCCUGAUCGGGUUUUUCGUUAUUGCGUCUACCGGAGCGAUAACUCUCGUUUACGUGGAGCACUUUUGCGCGAUGAUGAAGAUCGUCAGCAUUAAUUUAUGUCUGCUGCUUCAACUGUUGAAUAUGAAGAACUUACCAGACUUACUAGCAAUGUUCGUAAUUUUAAUCAUUGAAAUUUGUUAUAUGUUUAUAGCGAAUUAUAUGGGACAAAUAAUAAUCGAUCACAGCGAGGACGUUCAUAAUACAACAUGCAACAUUUUGUGGUAUAACGCUCCGUUAAAAUCGCCAAAGUUGCUACUAUUUCUAAUGCAUAGAACGAUAAAACAAGUGAAGCCAGUUGUCGGUAAGCUGUUUGUGGCGUCGUUGGAAGGUUUCGCCACGCUGUCCACUACGUCGCUAUCUUACUUCACAAUAAUUUAUUCUCUCCAAUAGCGAUAACAUAUCGUGCUGACACUUCUAUUUAUGAUCAUCGUGCGAGAGGAGUUUCGAACACUAGUAGUAAUUCAUCGAGGACCAUCGUAGAUACGAAAUCGUCAGACAUAUUAUAAC